AAUGAACUCCUUAGAUGAGGCAAUUGUGAAUCUUGAUAAGAUUUUAGCUCAUAUCCUAAUUGAGUAGGAUUUAAGAUUAAAAGGUAUUUAAAUAGGACAUGGCUGGAAAUAACUCACAGUUAUUAAAGAGGCAAUUACUAAAUUGAAUUUUUUAGAGAGAAGAUAAUAUAAGAAAAAACUAGUGGAGAUGGAAAAUCGUUUAUUUACAUAUGAAGAUAAUUAUAUUUCAGAAGUGGAAUUGAAAUUAGUAUUAUUUACAAUAUAUUUUUGAGGCUUUAGAGGAUGUUUAGAAGGUAAAUGAAUUAAUAAAUAAUUAUAAAACUUAAGUGAUUAUAGAAAAGAGAAAAGAUAUUGAAGAAAAAUUGAAUAUCAUUAAAGUGGAACUGUAGAGAAUUUAUGAAAAAAAUAAAAAUAAAAAUGAUAAAAAAUGGAUUGAAAUGAAUAGUCAAAUAUCUGAUAUUAUGAGAUUGAUUUAAAAUGUUUUAAAUUCAAAAGAUAAUACUUAAUUUACAGAUUAAAGAGAAUAAAUGAAUUAAGUUUUAAAGACAAUAUAUGUAUAAAAAAGAAUAAAAGAUGAAGAAGAAGAAGAAUUACUUAAAAUUGCAGUAGAAAUGGAAAACCUUAAAAAUUUAUAGAGAGAAUUAGAUUUAUAACUCUAAAAAGAUAAUGAAAAUUUUAGUGAAAUAGAAAACAAAUAAGGAACUUUAUAAAGUAAUUAAGAACAAAAUGCUUAAUAAUAUAACUAAGCAUUUUAAUAUGUAUAAAUGAGAAGAAGGACAAAGGUUAAAUUAUUCUUUUAAGGUUUAUUUACAGCUGUUGGAUGUUUGGGGGGUAAAAUUGGAGCAGCCUUUGGUUUAGCUUUUGGAACAAUAGCAGGGAAGAAAGUAAGUGAAAACGUUACAAAAUCAUCUAUUAAUUGA